AUGGCUCGUACUAAGCAGACAGCAAGGAAAUCCACCGGAGGAAAGGCUCCAAGGAAGCAGCUGGCCACCAAAGCAGCAAGAAAGUCGGCUCCGGCGACCGGAGGGGUUAAGAAGCCACACAGAUUCAGGCCAGGAACCGUAGCUCUUCGAGAAAUCAGAAAGUAUCAGAAGAGCACUGAGUUGUUGAUCAGGAAACUGCCGUUUCAGAGGCUUGUGAGGGAAAUCGCUCAGGAUUUCAAGACGGAUCUUCGAUUUCAGAGCUCUGCUGUUGCUGCACUCCAGGAGGCGUCUGAGGCGUAUUUAGUUGGAUUGUUUGAGGAUACUAACUUAUGCGCGAUUCAUGCUAAGAGAGUCACUAUUAUGCCUAAGGAUAUGCAACUUGCUCGUAGGAUCCGUGGUGAGAGAGCUUAA